CUUUAUUUAAGUGGGAUUUAUACACUCUUGCACCGCUUCUAUUCAAGCACAUUAGCCUGUGUCAGUCGAGGUAGUAAAAUUAAAGAGAUCAGAGGAUAAACUUUGACAUGGAUAUAGUUAUGGAUAUACUUAUGUGCUUUCUUUUGCUGCCGAUCGUUGUAAGCGGUGACAAAAUAGAAACUGAUCAUGAAGUGAAUGUGACAUUUGUUGAAGGAAGCACUGCCAUCUUACAAUGUAAGACUGUAAGCAGAGAAGGUGGUCGGUCACAGGUGAUCUGGAUCAAUCCUCAAAACGUGGCUUUGUCAGCAAACAAUUUAAUAGCUAUAAAAGAUGACCGGAUGAGCAUUAAGAAUAGCGGUUCGAUGUGGAAUUUACAUAUACGGAAUGUAAAAUACACCGACAGAGGGCGUUAUACAUGUCAUCAUCAGACGAAUCGAUAUACAGACAAAAAGUACGUCAACGUUGAUAUUCUGUAUAAAGACUCCGUGACUACAUUGCCAACGUCUGCUGAAACAGUGGCUCCAGUGCAGACAAACGAUUCAUUAUCCAGUAAAGAGAUGUUGCAAGAAUCGAGAUUAGAAUAUUACAGAGAACAAGUCUUGACUGAUCGUAAAUGGAGACAUCUCAUGGAUACAGAGAAAUCAUUCUACGAGGCAAUGAUGGCGUUCUUGCAGCAGAAAGAGAAGACAGACAAAGAAAAAUUAUAGAUUAUAUGUACAAUAUUUAUACAUGCGUUCUAUAACGAUAUGCUCCAUGCUAGUUAUGAGCUAUGUCAUUAACAUAUAUAUAAUACAUAUACAAAAUAGUCUUUUUAUAAUGAAUAAACGGUUCCUUAUUCUUUUAAAUUAAAAGCAAUAAAAUACACUACGUACGUUGUUCUGUAUAUCUCAAGAAAAUACUUAAUUACUAAUUAAAUCGAAAGCUGCUUACUUGUGGCUUGUAUGUUUGAUGUUACCGUUUUAAUGUCAAUCUUAGUAUCUGUAAUAAUGUGAAAUAUUUCAGACUUUUAAAAUACGUGUUUAUUGUAUUUAGUUUUGUAAAAUUUUUCAUUUUUAAAAGUGUUUAUUUGUUAUUUGUCAGCGUGACCGAUUGUAAACAUGACCUUGUUGUGUGGAAUAAACAUGGUGAUGUUAUACGGUUAUUUCCUGCAGCAAGGUCAUCGACCUACAACUAACAUUUUAUGAUCUUGAACUACACUGAACCUUAAUUAAUCAAGAUGACAUCUAUGAGAUUGCUGUAAGUUGUUUCCGACUUACAACGACAAUCGAUAGAUUUUAACAUUCAUACCAACUUACACACGUUAAUUAGUUGUAUAAUUUCUGUUCUUUCAUCAUUGCUCACGUUUUCAAUAUUUUCUCUUUUAGUGUUAUUCUAUUAUUGUAGAUCUUAUUCAAUACAAUACAAUACAAUACAAUACA